AUGUCACCCGCCCAAAGAAGAUCACCACCAAAUGACCCCGGCAGUCUUAUGGGAUUUCAUUUUCCCUUGAAGAUCUGGAGAGAGAUUGGCGGCCGUGAAUUAUACCUAGCACGGAAUCAGCCUCUUACUCUCUCAACCAAAGGUGAUGGAAUACAAGAGAUUAUACUCGACUAUGGAAGGAGUGUGGGCGGUAUACCUUUCAUUGAGACAGUCAAUGUGACUAGUAAUGGACGACCCGCUGUAGUGGAUGUUGUGUACAGCGAAACAAGCGCCGGGGUUCACAACAAAAAGAAGGGAGAUGGGCCAUUCUUUGGGCUGUCUAAUGCAAUGGAUACUUAUAGAGCAAAAACCCUCUUCUUUCCACCAUCACAUACCCCCAAGUUGAUGGAGUUCAAACUUCCACAGACUUCUCAACGAUAUCAAAAGAUCACUCUUGUAACGCCGAGUUGUUCAGUAGUGAUCUCAUCGAUAGGAUUCAGAGAAAUAAGACCAAGAACACUAGGGGAGAGUCGUUUCGUGUCUUCAAACGACUUGCUUAACAAGAUAUGGAGAGACGGCGUCAAUACUGUCGAUCGAUGCACAGUGGAAGCUGGAGAAGUACAAGAAAUAUGGGAAGUAGGUGAAUUUGGCACAAGGAUAUCGGGACAGAGAUGGGCACCUUGCCGACACGGAACGCGAUGGAAGAAUAAGGCAAUCAAAUUCAAAGUGAAGAUCGAGUCCGGUGGAGCCAGCUGGGGUAUUCAUAUGGUGGAAAGUGGAUUGAUUUUCUCCAUAGAUAUUGCGUCAAGAAGACUAUCGGUUUACGAAGGCACUUCCGAUACCCCGCCCUCGAUACUAAGAGGAGCAUGGGACCUACCCGGAAGUCUCGACUUGUUUGACUGGAUCAGGAUCGAUACGGAAGCUCGAGGUUCGAAUGUUUUGGUAAAGAUCAAUCAUAGAAGAGUGGCGCAUCUCAAGAGACUGAACAUCAAUUCAUCGCCCGGAGGCGAGCCAAAUACUGGUUCAGUCGCGUUCGGUGGCCCCGAACAUUACCUCGCAAUUUAUCGAUCGCUGAUCGUAAGAGACGUUAAUGACAAUAUACUUUAUGAAAAUGACAUGACAAUUUCUAACAGAGUCCGAGUGUUGGCGGAUUUCCAAGUUGGAACAAAUCAAAUACCAUGCACAGUCGAUAGUGCAAAAGGUCACCGCAUAUGUUCUGCUGGUGAUUUGUUCGUCAUGGGUCGUUCCAUUUACCAUUCAACGGGGCAUUUAGAAGCGGUCUUGGGGAGUUUAUCGUUGCUUUCUAGUCACCAGGAGGCUGACGGAUAUCUUGGGAACGUAAGUCCAAUACAGAAAACUUUCUUUGAAAAUGAACGAAGUGAGCCUCCUACAUAUGCCUUUUUCUCCCUCACUCUCAGUUUCCAACUGCUGGUAGCUGUUAAGGAUUAUUGGAUGUACUCGGGAGAUUUCUCUAUUGUGGAGAGGAUAUGGGACAAGAUGGAAAAAUCAAUGAAUUUCGCAAAGAUGUAUGAAGAUAGACGGGGGUUAAUCGUGGCACCACCUAACAUGUCAAGAGAUGUCAUGUCAUCCAGUAUACUCAUAGGCGCUACGUCCAAAGUAAAUCUUGCAUACUAUGAUGCUCUGAUUUCCAUGAGUAAGAUGUGUGGCAUGUUCGGAAUGGAAGAUGAAUACACACCUCGUGCCAGUGCACUCAAAGAUAGCAUUUUGAGGAAUUUUUGGCAUUCAGAAACAGGUGUUUUGCGAUUAAGUGAUCGCAUCCCAUCAACAACAAUAUCACACGAAGUUAACUCAUAUGGGAGAAUUCUCGGUGUCAUACCUCAUAUCGAAAGGUCAGACGAGCACUUGGGACUUUCAAGUAGUGGAGAACUUCCACGAGUAAUUCGAGAUACAGAAGAUAGAAAAGAGGUGAAGAUCGUGAGUCCUUACACUUGUGGAAUGGCAGCAGAAGCAUUAUUUCAAGCUGGAAAGGGGUAUGACGCGGUGGAAUUAAUUGAGAGUGUAUGGGGUCCUAUGGCAGAUCCAGAAAGCUUGGAAUACUCAGGAGGACAUUGGAAAGAGAUUAAACCAGAUGGCCAGCCAACUUCAUCCAUGACAUCUAUGAUGCAAGCACGGUCUACCUGGCCGGUAUUUAUUCUUCCGCAGUACCUAGCGGGAGUUGAACCAUUGAGUCCUGGCUGGUCUCAUUGGAAAGUGCACCCAGUGCUUGCAGGUCUCACGUUCGUGGAUUACCGACUUUUAACGCCAGCUGGAGAAAUUUCCGUGGCCAUUCAUAUACACGAACCAAGCAGUACGGGAGAACUCACAGUAUUUGUACCGAAAGGAACAGUGGCCGAUUUAUAUCCACCGAAAGGUUGGAUAUUCCUGGCAUCUAGGAGUGUGUGUGCGGAAUAUCUGGAGAAGAAGGUCGUUAUAGGACAAGAUGAGGAAAUAAUACUAAAGCUCUGUGCAUCGCCUCACGACAGGCAAUCAGCGCCUGUUAGGCAAAGUUUGAGGCAACUGCCCUGGGAAGAUUAUGAACCCGAAAUGCAAGAGGAAGAACCAAAAAGUCCAAGUUGUAUAAAGCGAUUUGGGCGAAAAAUGCUCAAAUUACGUAGAGAAUAG